AUGGAUGCGGGCACGGAUGCGGAUGCAGUCCCAGCGGACACAGUGGCUGUCAUGGCUGCCACGGCCCUGGUUUUAGUUUUGGUUUUGGCGGCUGCGGUGGCGGCUGCGGUUGUGGCGGCGGUUGUGGUGGCGGCUGUGGUUGUGGCUGUGGAUGCGGCUGCGGAUGCAGCCCUCCGUCCUGUGGUCACGGCUGUGGAAUUCAGGUGGGCUGUGGUCCCCGUCUGUACAACUGCGGCCGAACAAGUUGCUGUUGUUGCUGUUAACUGGUACGCCUAUCUCAUUCAUAUUUCUGUCGUUACACGAGGAUGA